AUGGCAGACUCGGAAGACAAACCAAGUAAAUCACCUCAGGCCGAGGAGGGACACAGGACGGUCGAAACCUUGCAAAUUGGCCGAGGAAGAGAGGAAUCCAAGACGGUGGAGAAAAAGGUGGUUCCUCCUGAAUUGCCCAUUGAAUGGACCAAAAUGGGAGAAAUCACAGAGGAAGAAGCCCUUCCCAUGCGAUACCCAGAAGAUGUCGCGGAGAUUUCACCGGAGGAGUUGGAUAUUUGCAUUGUCGGAACGGCGGGAAUGAAAAUUACCGUCAUGAGCAAUGACUUUCACAAGAAUUGCAAUGAAAACCUGGAAAGCCUCGUGUUGAGAUCGCACUUGAUCACGAAUAUGAAGGGACUGGAAGGAUUCAAAAAGCUAGAGUUGCUGGAACUCUACGAUAACCAGUUGCAGGACUUGAGCGGAUUGGAAGUUCCAGGACCCAACCUACGCGUUUUGGACAUGAGCUACAAUGCCAUUCGGGACAUGUCACCCGUCAGUAUAUGCGUGAAUCUGAAGGAAUUGUACCUGGCAAACAACAAACUGAAGGAGAUCAAGGGAUUGAAGAAUUUGAAGCAACUCAAAAAGCUUGACUUGGGAGCAAAUCGAAUUCGCGUCAUGGACGAGGAAGAGCUUAGUGGACUUGAGAAUCUAGAGGAGCUUUGGAUCGGAAAGAACAAGAUUGAGAAGAUUGAAGGUCUAGAGAAGUUGACCAAACUGCGACGAUUGGAUGUCCAGUCGAAUCGAUUGACGCAAGUGGAGGGCCUGACGGCGCAAAAGGAUACUUUGGAAGAGCUGUAUUUGGCACACAAUGGUAUUGAUGAUGAAGGAGCUAGUCUUCCAACCGGACUGGGACUCGGAUUUACCCAAUUGAAUGUUGUGGAUGUGGGUCGCAACCGAUUGACUUCGACAGCUCCGUUUGCCCACCUAGAGUCGGUGGAAGAAAUUUGGUUGUCUGGAAAUAACAUUUCCACCUGGGAGGCCAUUGAACCUUUGAAAAAGUCGCAUGAAGAAGGGAAACAGAAGAUGGAUACACUAUACUUGGAAUAUAACCCAAUAGCGUCAGAAUUCGAAUACCGAAAGCGAUUAGCAGAGUGGAUUCCAUCUUUGAAACAGAUCGAUGCGACUUUGAUUGGAGGAUUGGCAGCUCAUGGUAUGCCAACUGCGCCAAAACCUAGUGGCGACCCAGUGAUUCCCCUGGCGGAAGAAAUGAGACAGUUGCAAACUCAAGUCUUUGAGCGAGCCCAAGGGGAGAAAUCCAAUGAAUAG